AUGCCUCCAGUUCAACAAGUUCAAUACGGUCAACAACCAUCCAAUUUUGAAAAAUUUAAAAUGGGUGCCAUGAUGGGUACUACCGUUGGUGUUGUUGUCGGUGUUUUAUUCGGUGGGUUUUCAAUCAUAACAAAUGGUGCUGGUCCAAACGGUGUCAUGAGAACAUUAGGUCAAUAUAUUGGUGGUUCAGCUGCUACUUUUGGGUUAUUUAUGAGUGUUGGUUCUGUUAUUAGAUCUGAUGAUUCCACUUUAGAAUAUUUAAAAGAUCAUAAUCCACAAAACAUGCAAGAAUUAAGAGCCAUUGCCAGAGCUAGAUUUGAAAUCAUGAAUGAACAAUCCAGAAGAAGAGAUUAA